AUGGCUUCUGAUCCCACCCCGCCGAGACGGGGCAUGUCCCUGUAUGCCAAUCUACUUAAUCCGUCUACUGAUACGCCUGGCACAAUUUCCCGUGCUCCGGUUGUCUUUAAGCAGCCGGAGACCGAACCUCAACCCGACGACGCGGCCGCCAAAAAGCAACAACUGAAUCCUGCUUCUCUUCGGUUCCAACCUCCCAAACGGCCACAGCUCUCAGCCCAGAAACCCAAACCGAAACAUACCAAGGCAGCGCCACAACCACCCUCAGCUACCCAAGCUUCGGUUCCGACAAAGAGCACUUUGGCUGAUUGGACUGCUAUUGAAGAUGAUGAUUAUGAGUACGCGCGCGAGAAGCGACAGCGCGGUGGAAGAAAGAAGCGCAAGAAGAACUUUGAUACACAUGUUGUCCAAAACUGGGAAGAUAUCUAUGACUCUUCUCGGCCUACCAAUUGCGCGGAAUAUGGCCAUAGUGAUGAGAAAAUUGGUGAAGUCCGCGAGUGGAAGGAUAGCUUGUAUGCGCAUGUCAGAAAGCGCUCGCCGAGCAGAUAUUCCGAUAGCGAGGAUUAUGACCGGCCGAAAAAGCGACAAUUUGCGCCUCCAAGCAACUUUGCGCCGCCGCCAAAUCUUAACGAUGUUCCACCACCAGCUUCUGUUCCCAAUGACCCAUCCAGUGACGAUGCAUUUGCUCACCGUGCAGCAUUAGCGCAACGCGUCGACAAUGAUCCCAUCGCCGUUCAGGCCCAGCUCCCGACCUUACCCCCACCCCAAACUGAAGGUCCUACCCCAAUUCCCGAUGACCCCACCGGCGAAGACGCAUACAUGCGGCGCUUCCAGAGAGCCGAUAACCCACCAUCCGGACAAGUCAUACCACCUCCUCCACCAUCACGCCCUCUUGACGCCUUCCAACCCAGCUCUGCAACCAUCUCCCGUCCACCAGUCCGAUACACUCUCCCGCCACCCCCAGAAGACAUCCCAGCCUCAGAAGCCGAACUUGAAGCCGUAAUGGCCCAAGAGCAACCGGCGGAUGAGGAAGAACCAGAUGAGGCCGCGCCACGAUCUCUUCGUCCCGGCCAACAAGGCUUCGCAGAACGACUGCUUUCCAAGUAUGGCUGGACCAAGGGAUCCGGCCUCGGCGCUACUGGUUCUGGUAUGGUGAACCCGCUGCAAGUCAAGCUUGAGAAGCGAAAGAAGCGACCAGACUCAGAGGGUGGUGGCUUUGUCACACCUGCCGGGCGAGGUAAGAUCAUUGGAAGUAACAAGAAGGGUGAAUAUGACACCAGCAAGUUUGGUCCUAUGAGCCAAGUGGUCAUCCUACGGGGCAUGUUGGAUGGUAUGGACCUGGAUGCGGAGAUAGAGGGAAGUCGGGAUGGUGGUGUGGUGCAGGAGAUUGGAAAGGAGUGUAAUAAGAUGUAUGGACCUGUGGAGCGAGUCUUCAUCGCUCGUGACGUCGGAACCCCAGUCCCGGUCUUUCUCAAAUUUGAAGAUCCCUUGUCUGGUCUACGGGCCGUGAACGCGCUCGAAGGCCGGAUUUUCAAUGGUAACACAAUCACCGCACGAUUUUUUGAUCUCGAGAAGUUCGAACAGGGGAUUUACACGGUCUAA